UCGGGUCAGUCAGUCAGUGGCAAGAAAAAAUGGCGGAUGUCGAGUUGAACGUCGACAACCUGAUAAAAAGAUUGUUGGAAGUCGGAGCCCCUCGAAUUGCGCGCCCUUAGUUACACCACUGUGUCAGACACCUUGAUGCUCCAGCGUAGAAUUAUGCUCGAUGUACCUGUGAAACAAAUGUCAGCGAAGCCUCGCGUGGUUGUGGCGCCGGAAGAAAUGCAUUUAAACGUGGAAAAUUUUUGGGCGCAGUCAGAGGGAGCCGGCCAGGAAAGACCGUGUUAAUGUCGGAGGGUGAAGUGCGCGGCCUUUGCCUGAAGUCACGGGAGAUUUUCCUUCAGCAGCCGAUCCUGUUGGAAUUGGAGGCACCCCUUAAGAUCUGUGGCGAUAUACACGGACAAUACACCGAUUUGUUACGACUGUUCGAGUACGGUGGUUUUCCACCAGACGCAAACUAUCUUUUCCUCGGGGACUACGUCGACAGGGGUAAACAGUCCUUGGAGACGAUAUGCCUAUUACUAGCGUACAAGAUCAAAUACCCGGAAAACUUCUUCUUGUUGCGCGGCAAUCACGAAUGCGCCAGCAUAAACAGGAUAUACGGGUUUUACGACGAAUGCAAGAGACGUUACAACAUCAAACUAUGGAAAACGUUCACGGAUUGCUUUAAUUGUUUGCCAAUUGCUGCGAUCAUCGAUGAAAAGAUAUUCUGUUGCCAUGGAGGGCUCAGUCCAGAUCUACAGAACAUGGAACAAAUCAAACGAAUUAUGCGCCCGACUGACGUACCUGACACCGGCCUUCUCUGUGAUUUGUUGUGGUCAGAUCCAGAUAAGGAAGUCCAGGGAUGGGGAGAGAACGACAGAGGCGUUUCUUUCACGUUCGGCCCGGACGUAGUGUCCAAGUUUUUAAAUCGUCACGAUAUGGAUUUAAUAUGUAGAGCACAUCAAGUAGUCGAAGAUGGCUACGAAUUUUUCGCGAAGCGCCAAUUGGUUACUCUGUUUUCUGCGCCAAAUUAUUGCGGAGAGUUCGACAACGCCGGUGGAAUGAUGAGCGUCGACGAAACCCUCAUGUGCAGUUUUCAGAUAUUGAAACCGUCGGAGAAGAAAGCAAAGUACCAAUUUGUAGCAAUGAAUACAGGUCAAGGCACAAGACCAUCUACGCCACAAAGGAAUCCAGCCAAAAAGAAAUGACAGCCUCAUACUCACUUUUUGACACCAACGCCGUUAGUGGAAGCUCUUGUGUUAGGUAAAUUGAUUUGGCAUUUAAGGAAAUUUAUCGUUAAUUUCAUUGAAUUGAACUUAAUAUUAAACUUAACAUUAAGGAAACUUAAACUAAUAGACAGCAAAAUUUAUAUUAAAGAAUAAUGUUAAGAGCAUAACGUUGUAAGAUACGCUCUACCACUACCAGCAGUUACACCGGGAAAUGAGUAAGAAAACAAUGGGUGAGAUAUAGCGCUGUUUGAUCGUCAGAAAUUAUUUGUGAUCAUUGAAGACUUUAAAAUACAGCUCUAACUUUUUUCUUUGCGUAUGAUUUAAAUAUAGAUAUUUUAAGUAUACAAUUAUGUUGACUGAUUAGUGAUUAAAAAAAGUAAUCGUAUAUUCGUAGAACCUAUACGAGUGUGCUUGCUAUGGAACGUUUCAAAAACGACUCUGAACUUUGCCAAUACUUUUCAUGAGUAUUACUUUUCGUGUUUCAGCAUGAAGACGUCAAGAGAAGUGUGUAAGAUUACCUCUUCCUUGAUUACAUCUUAAUAAGAUAAGUAAUAUAAUAAUUACAAGCGACACUUUUUUCAUUAAUUCAAAUAAGGAUAUUUUCUGGGAAUUAUUUACCUGCACCUUGCAGAUGCAGGUGGUCCUUUACGCCAUUAGCGUUUAACGCGAAUGUUCAACAUUCUCAUUUGAGUAUUUAUUGCUUCCAUGUUAAAUGUUCAGUGUAAUUAUUAGACUUGGUGAUUAUUCCUAAUAUUCAUUUUACUAUUAUCGUCAUCGCUUUGAAGCUAACUUAAUUAUUAUCGUUUAACUGAAGGCGCUACGUCAUGUACAUAGAUAUUCUUUCAUUUCACUCCAUAUCUUUUUUUUUUUUUUUUCGUUAUAUCGUGCCUAUGCAGGUUUUAAUAUCUUAGUUCACAGUAUUUUACAAUAUUGACAGCACGUUCCAAGGUAUGUUGUAGAAAUAUUAGAUCGUUUAUUCUUCAAGAACAAAAAGGUGGAGAGAAACAGAGAACCAGUAUUUUUAAGAUAAUGUCUCUAUGCAGAUCAUUACGCCUUUGUUCGAAGGAUGUAUGCACGAAGAAGCGAGAUUAACAGAAAUAAAAAUUCUCUAAGAUGCAAAAUAUACUUAUUAAGGGGUUGUCUUUAUGAAGAAUCUCGGUUGCUGAGAGAUUUGAAUCUUGCUGUAAAGAUAGGUGGUAUACUAUUCCACUUACUUCCAUCGAUAUAAGUGGGGUAGUUAAGACACGUUUACUCUUUUUCUUGGAUAAGCAAAACUCGGAUGAUUGUCAUUUUUGAAGACUUACUAUUUCACUUUCAGAUGUUUUGUUAUUUUGCUUGUCGGGGUAUAGUUUGACUUUUGGAUUUAUUACGCGAAUAAAAUUAUUUGACGCUUAGUUUAGAUAUACCCGUGUGCAGCAUUUUAUUAAUCGUACUACGAGCUCGAAUAGGGUAGCUAUUAUAUUUUCUUCGUACUACAGGAAACAUUUAGAUUUUUGUCUUUCCAAGGGAAGGUGAACAUUCUCAGUUGUUAAAUACUACGUAUUCUUUCUCGAUAGGUUGUUCGAUGUAAAAGUAAUUUGUAUAAUUAAAAACUACGUGUAUAGAAAGUAUCAGAGAUGAUUCAAACACCGAUGUGUAUAGAGAAUAAGUAUUUAAAAAGAUUUAUCAAGAGCGUACAGUGAACGAUACACUAUUUAAGAAGAAAACAAAUUAUAUUAGACGGAGUUAUAAAGCCAGAAUACACUUUGUUCCGAAAACGUGAAAGCAUCAACAGUCACGUAUUAUCUGAAAGUGAAAUAAUCAACUUCGAUGCAUCGUUAGACGAUAAAGUGAUUGGCGAGAGUUUGUUUAUAAAUAUUUGUAAUUUAUGUUUGUUAAAAAUGUUAUUUAAGCGGCGAAGACGAAUCAUUUUUUCUAUUUGCGAGACUUGUAUCGAUUUAUUGUACGAUGAUUAUUAGAAACUGUUAAUAGAAACAAAGUAUGAACAUA